AUGUCGACAAUAGCAACGCCCCGAGAGGCGCCACGCCGCAUCCCCUCGAUGCAGACCCCGACGUCCUCGACGCGCCCGUCGCUUGACAACCCACGGUCGCAGGCCGCCUCUCCGAACCGCGGUACCACUUCCUCCUCCUCGCCGGCCGCGGCUCCCGGGGGUGCCGUUGGCGCGGCGGCGAAGCGCAACCGCGCCGCGCUGCGCGAGUACUACAAGAUCAAGAACAACCAGGCAGCCGCCCCGCCGACGCUCGAAGUGACGGACGAGACAACGCCUGGCGACGACGUGGACCACUCCGAAGUGCCGGCGUCGGAGCUGGACGCGCCGGGCUUUGACGCCCAGGCCUACGUCGCCAAGGCCGCCGCAGAGAGCUCCCUGGCCGACCUGCUGAGGACCUACGCGCGGGUGCUGGGUGAGACGAGGGCGCUGGACGCCGAGAAGAAGGCCUUGGUCUAUGACAACUACAGCAAGCUUAUCACGGCCACUGAGACGAUACGAAAGAUGCGGGAGAACAUGGACCCGUUAAAUCCAAUGGCGUCGACGCUCGAUCCCGCCAUUGCCUAUAUUUACACCCAAGCAUCGUCGAUAAGAGACACCAUGCGCAAGAACUUGCCUCCACCAGAGGAGCGCAGUGCCACCGCUGCCGACGCGGCACGGAGAAAGCGCACUAGGGAGCUGGCGAUGAUAGUAUUAGCCACCCCAGCGAGGUUACACGAGCUUGUGGCGGACGGAAAACGCGAGGAGGCUGAGAGGGAAUGGGAAUUGCCCCGAAGGCUACUUGUCUCUUGGAAAGAACGGGGUUUGGGCGGCGACGAUGUUGCAAUCUGUCUGGAGGCGGGUGAUGCCGCUUUAAGAGCUGUUAAAGAAGAUGAUGGUGAGGACGACGACGAUGACGAUGACGAUGACGAUGACGAUGACGACGAAGAAGAAGACGGAGAAGAUGGAAAUGUUGAGAAGGGGAACGACUGA